AAGUAUAUGUGGGGUUGCGUGAAAAUUAUUUUUCUCUUGCUGAACCACAAAGGCAUAGAAUCAAACUGCUUGUUUUGGACACACUGGCUUCUUCUUUUUCUUGUGGAUAUUAUGGCUAAUAACACAACGAGUUUAGGGAGCCCAUGGCCAGAGAACUUUUGGGAGGAUCUUAUUAUGUCCUUUACUGUUUCCGUGGCGAUUGGGCUUGCAAUCGGAGGAUUUCUCUGGGCGCUGUUCGUUUUCCUGUCUCGAAGAAGAAGAGCCAGCGCGCCCAUCUCACAGUGGAGUCCCACCAGGCGACCCAGGUCUUCCUACAACCACGGCCUCAACAGGACUGGAUUCUACCGCCACAGUGGCUGCGAGCGACGGAGCAACCUCAGCCUGGCCAGUCUCACCUUCCAGAGACAAGCUUCCCUGGAGCUGGCCAAUUCCUUCCCCAGGAAAUCGAGCUUCAGGGCUUCAACUUUCCAUCCCUUCCUGCAAUGCCCACCGCUUCCGGUGGAAACUGAAAGUCAGCUGAUGACUCUGCCUGCCUCCACCGCCCCAUCGGCCAUCAGUACCAUGCACAGUGCCAGCCGGCCCGACUUCCGCUGGUCCAGCAAUAGCUUGCGGAUGGGUCUUUCCACACCACCGCCACCUGCUUAUGAGUCCAUCAUCAAGGCAUUUCCCGACUCCUGAGUCUGGGCGUCCGUUGUUUUUAAUUCUUUUUCAAAACAACAUUUUUUGUCUCUUCUAGAAAGGAAAUGAUAUGUAGGGUAAACAGAAUUUUGGGGUCAUAGGCCCUAGUGAUUGAUUUUUCAAGUUGAUAGGUUCAUGAGGGCUGAGCAUUGCCAAGCAAGGCUCAGUUUCUUUUGAACACGUUUUUUCUUACAUAUGUCUCACUAAAGUAUUAUUUUCUCAAGUAAUCCUAUAUUUCUGGGUUUUGAGUUCAGUGUGAGGCAUUGAAUUAAAGAUACCGAUUAAAGAUUCUAACAUACAAAUCAUGCAUAUUUGUAUGUUUUUGGUUAAGAAGACUUUAGAUGUUUUUGUUUAGGGUUGUGAUCCCUAUCACUUUGCCACAUGACUGCUGACAGACAAAAGUCACUAAAAUCAAGAAAUUUUAAUGUUAUUUUCUGGGUGACAAGUGAGUCAGUAGAAUCCUAGAAUCUCGGUGCUUUAAUGUACAAGAUGACGGAACAAUGAAUGUUAUAAAAUCCCGUGAUUCCACUCAGUUAUGUGAAAAUCAAGCAAAAAAGCUAAGCCCAGCUGGUGUCAUAGGAUGGUUCAGUUUUGACACUUAGCUUGUUUUAACCCAGAGAGACUCAUUUUGUAGUUCUUCCCAGUAUAAUUACCCAUAUCAUUGAAGUAAAACCCUUGGAUUUAGUAACAUGAGGAUUGAACAUGAUUGUUGUAGUUAUUACCAAAGCAACAGUUUCUACAAUUAAUUUGUCCUAAGACAAAUUUUUAUUUUACAUCAAGGAACAUUUUUCUCUCUUGGAUUUGGAUCCAAUGACUAGGAAAGCACUUUAUCUAGGGUAGUGUUUCUCAACCUGUAGGUCACAACCCCUUUGGGGGUCUGAUGGCCCUUUUAAGAGUUGUUGCCUAAGACCAUCCGAAAGUACAGACUUUACAUUGUCAUUCUUAACAGUGGAAAAAUUAUAGUUAUGAAGUAACAACGAAAAUAAUUUUAUGGUUGGAGGUUACCAUAACAUGAGGAACUGUAUGUUGAGAACCAUGGCUCCAUGAGGAACUUCCCUAUUAACUCUGUGGACAAAUAAAAAUUGUUCUACAGAGAGAUAGCCCACAGUGGAGACACCCUGCCUCUCUGAAAAGCAAUUCCUCCUGGUCAUCUCAACCCCCACCCCAGUACUGUCCCCUGGGGUGAUGCUCUGUGAAUUCCAUUUCCACCUUCUCUAAAGUCUUUCCAAGGUGACCCAUGCAGACUCUAAGACCACUGUUUCAGAUAGUCACCCAAGGAGUCCACAUCAACAGGUGGAGGCAUCUUUAAUGUGGGCACCAGAAACUUUCAGUGGUUCUUUUGCUCUAAGGACAGUUCAAUGGGGGGGCAUUCAGAAACGGAUACAUCAAAUAUUCAGCUUGUGUUGUUCAUUCUUCUGUAGAUUGGAGUUUGCAGUGAUACCCACUGGUCCCAGCUAGUGCUGUCUGAUCAUAGCUCAAGAAUAUAACUAUUUGCAUCAAAGAUCCCCUGUAGAAUAUUUUUUCUUUUUUUUCUGAGACAGGGUUUCUCUGUGUUGCUUUGGAGCCUGUCUUGAAACUCGCUCUGUAGACCAGGCUGGCUUCAAACUCACAGAGAUCCACCGCUUCUGCCUCCCAAGUACUGGGAUUAAAGGCAUGUGUCACCAACACCCGACUUAGAAUAUCUUUAUUAGUAUCAUAGAAUUUGUACUAUCCAUUGUUCCUCAAGAGAAAUUAUUAUUCAAAAUGCCUAACAAAAUAUCUUGUAAUUAAAUAUGGGGGAGAAGAAGGAAGGACAGAAGGAAAAAAAUACAGCAAAACAAGAAGCUAAGAUACAUUGGCAUCUUUUUAGUAAGGAGAUGUAGAGGCUGUAACAUAGCCCCAGUAAGAUUUUGCAAAAGCAUCAGCUUAGUGACAGGUCUAAUUUUAGGUUGUAUGUCAUCCCUAAUGUUUAACAUGGGGAGCAAAGAAGGCAAGCUUUCUAUCACUCAUGUAUACUGGGGAUGAAAGCUGUCCCUAUCUCCCAAGGGAAGGAAAUGAGAGUAGAAGGUCUCUGGUUCAUUUGACUAUCUGGCAGAACUCUUGCUAAUUCAGCCCGUGUUAUAAAAAGACCAAGAGGAGUAUUUUAUAAAUAUCGUUUAUUGUAUGAAAUGUGAAGUUAAAACCAAAGCUGGAAGAGCUUUUAGUUGUAAUUGUUUUAUUUGAAAUGUUUUGUCAAUUUUGAAAUAAACUGAGAGUCAAUUUCAA